AUGGCACCACCACGCGACCACCACGAGGACGAGGACGACUCGGAGCCGGAGCUGCUGGCGGCCGAGGAUGCGAUGGAGGAGAUUGGCGACGAUGACGGCGACGAUGUGGCGAUGGACAGCGGAGCCGACGACGACGACGACGAGAUGGAGGAGCUGCUGCUGGUGAACGACUCGAUUGCGUACUUUGAUGCGCACCGGGACUCAGUUUUUGCCAUCGCGCAGCAUCCACGCUACCCUUCGCUGGUGGCCACAGGCGGCAGCGAGGGUGACGGCGAUGACGCGCCUGGCAAAGGAUACGUCGUCGACACGUCGGCUGCUGUCUCGCGCCCGGUGCUGCCGCCCAGUUUCAGCAGCGACCCGGCCGCCAUGGCCCAUCGCAGCGUCCAGCUGGAGCCUGUCUUCGCCAUCGACGGUCACACUGAUUCCAUCAACACGCUAGCCUUCACUCAACCCAACGGUGACUUUCUCGUCUCGGGCGGUCUCGACGGUCGCAUGCGCGUCUAUUCUGUAGCCGUGCGCCCGAGCCCAGACGCCAAUGUCGCCUUCCGCUUCGUUGCCGAGGCCCAGGAGGUGCCCGAGAUCAACUGGCUGGCCGCCUGUCCGGCGCCGGCCCACCCCAACACCAUCGCCCUUGGCGCCUCCGACGGCUCCGUCUGGGUCUACACUAUCGACAACAGUGCUGCCGAUCCGGCCGCUGCCCUGCAGAUCGUCCAGUCAUACUUUUUGCACACGGCCUCCUGCACGGCUGGUGUCUGGUCGCCUGAUGGCCAGCUGCUCGCCACCGUGUCCGAAGACAGCAGCCUGCACGUUUGGGACGUCUGGGGUGCCGCUUCUGCCAAGGGAAUCACCAGCAGCAGCAGCAGCACCGGUGGCCAGACCGUCGUCUCGUUGACUGCCACCGACCAGCGCUUUGAGGUUGAUGGUGGCCUCUUCUCCGUGGCUAUCUCGCCUGGUGGCGGCGUCGUCGCUGUCGGUGGUGCCGGCGGCCUCAUCAAGAUUGUCGGCCUCCCACGGCUGUCCGGUGUCGGUUCUUCUGUUGCUGGCGGUGGUGCAGGCGGAAAGACCGCACGCAGUGCUGCUGCUGGCCGCCAGAGCGCUGCUGCUGCUCAGGCCGGCACCAUUUUGGCGUCGCUGCAGGUCCAGUCUGACGGCGUCGAGACGCUCGCCUUUGCGCCGCCUCCGCUGACUCUGCUGGCUGCUGGCUCUGUCGAUGGAAGCGUCACCGUCUAUGAUGCCAGCCGCUCCUUUGCCGUCCGCCGUCACAUCGCUGCCGCUCAUGACGAAUUCUCGGUCGUCAAAGUCGAGUGGGUGCGCUCGCCCCCCAUUGCCUCCGCCUCCGCUUCCGCCUCUGCUGCUGCUGCUGCUGCCGGUCCCGCCCAGUGGCUGCUCACCAGCUGUGGUAUGGACGGUGUAGUCCGUCGCUGGGACCUGCGUGCCAAUGCGGCCGCCUCGGUCGCCCCCAGAAAUCCGGCUGCUGCUGCUGCUGCCACCGCUGCUCAGCCUGGCAGCGGCGCUACACCCGCCGGUCUCGUGCGGGAGUGGCGUGGCCAUCGUGGUGAUGGAGAGGGUGGUGGCGUUCUUGGCUUUGUGCAGGGCGAGACUGGAGAGCGCGUCAUCACCGCCGGCGACGACGGCGUCGUGCUGGUGUUUGAGGCGUAA